AUGGUGGGUUUCAAUAGCACCAGCUUCCAGCCUGCGACGUUCCAGCUGACCGGGUUCCCAGGCCAGGAGGCGGCUUACCACUGGAUCACUAUCCCCUUCCUUGUGUUAUACGUCACUGCCAUGGUGGGGAAUUGCCUUGUUCUCUGCAUUGUCUGGGCAGACCGGCGUCUCCACCAGCCCAUGUAUCUGUUCCUUUGCAUGUUGUCAAUCAAUGACCUCGGGAUGUCUUUGUCAACUCUGCCCACCGUGCUCGGCACCUUCCUCUUCCAUUUCACAGACAUCGCUUUCCAUGCGUGUCUAGCCCAGAUGUUUUUCAUUCACUCCUUUUCCUUCAUGGAGUCGGGGAUUUUAUCGGGGAUUUUACUGGCCAUGGCGUUCGAUCGCUUUGUGGCCAUCUGUAACCCGCUGCGCUACGCAGCCAUCUUGACCCACCCCAGGAUCGUGAGAAUCGGGCUGGCUGUUGUAUUUAAAAGUACUGUCAUGAUCUUCCCUUCCACCUUUCUGAUUAAACGGCUGCCAGUCUGCAGAAGCAAUGUCCUCUCCCAUGCCUACUGCUUGCACCCGGACAUGAUGGGGUUGGCAUGUGCUGACACCACCAUCAAUAACAUCUAUGGAUUGUUUGCCAUUGUCGUCACGUAUGGUGUAGAUUCACUGUUCAUCAUGCUCUCUUACAUUAUGAUUCUGAAGACGGUUUUAAAUAUUGCAUCCCACGAGCAGCGCCUCACGGCCCUGAACACUUGCAUCUCCCACAUCUGUGCUGUCUUGCUCUUUUAUGUCCCAAUAAUUGCUGUCUCAGUUUUGCACAGGUUUGGAAAAAGUGCCCCUCGUCUGUUGCAUAUUCUUAUGUCCUAUGUCUACCUCUUUGUCCCCCCUGUGUUAAACCCCAUCGUUUACAGUGUGAAAAUGAAGGAAAUUCACAAGAGGAUCUUCCGAGUAUUCUCUCGGGAUGGAAUGUGA